CGUCCUUAGUGGAGCGAGUUUAGAAGCUAAGCUGUUGUAACAGCUUAGUAGUCAGAGCAUAAGGCAAUAACGCUAAUAGGAAAUCCGACGUGCACUUUCACGUUCAGCGGCUUCCACGAUGGACAAUGUACCUCCGCCUCAGCACCCACCUCCACCUCCAUCUUGUCGAGAAGACAAUAUAUCAACACCAACUAUAAUAAUGCCGCCUUCACCUCCACCUCGACAGCUGUCCAAAUCCUUGAGAUCGACGAGCACAGUACCCCCACCUCCUCCAAUGCCUUCUGGAGCCUUUGAGCCCAUAGACAAAGCACACUACUGGCAGUUCCUCAAAGACACGAAAACAAACAUGCCUGGUGAACCCUUCCAACCCUUCCACAUGUUCUUCUACGGUUCACUCAUGGAUCCUGAGGUCCUCCAAGCAAUUCUCGAUCUCCCGGAACUCCCGACUACAAGGCCUGCUACCAUUUCUGGUUUCAGUAUCAAGAUGUGGGGCAUAUACCCAACACUAAUACCCUGCUACUCUGGCAGCGUGACUGGUACUUUGUGGAAGGUGACCUCGGAAGCCCAGUUCGACCGUUUGGCGGCUUACGAGACUGCCGCUUAUAGAUGGGAUAAGUGCAAUGCAGUUUUGGAAGGUGGUAAGGUCCUCGAAAAUUGUCGUACAUUCUGCUGGGCGGGCGAACCUGACAGUAAGGAACUUGAAGACGGUAGUUUCGAUCUGGAACGUUAUCAGAAGUACUUCAAGCCUUCUGUUACUAGGCGGCGGUCGCUAGUACCGUAAGCGACGGUUUGAAGCGGUGGAAGCAAGACUUUCCGACGAUUGAGUCGUGAAUAGCGCAUGAAAUUGUUUUUGCACACGAUGCAAAGUUGAGGAAUGUGGCAAAUAUAAAAGUGUCAGAC